AUGGUGUCGUCCAAGAAGAAGAAGGUGUGCGUGGUGGGCGCCGGAGUCUCGGGGCUGGUAUCCGCCCGCGAGCUCCGCCGCGAGGGCCACGACGUGACGGUCAUGGAGCAGAGCGGCGGCGUCGGCGGGCAGUGGCUAUACGACCCGAGGACCGACGGCGACGACCCCCGGCGUGGCCGGCGCGCACAGGGCAGCAUCUACGCCUCUCUCCGGCUCAACACGCCCAGGGAGAGCAUGGGUUUCUCCGACUUCCCCUUCUUCCCCAGCAACGACGGCGCCGGCGUCGACGCCCGGCGGUACCCGGUGCACGGCGAGUUCCUGAGGUACAUCAGGGACUUCUGCGACGCGUUCGGGCUCAUGGACGUCGUCAGGUUCAACACCAAGAUCCUGCACGUCGGCCCGUUGGCGCCGCGAGGCCACGACGGCGGCGUGCCGCGGUGGACGGUGAGGUGCUCGUCGAGACGUGGUGGAUGUGAGGGCGACGCGGUCACCGCGGAGGAGGUGUUCGACGCCGUCGUCGUCGCCGUCGGUCAACACAACCAGCCAAGGCUCCCUGCAAUCAACGGCAUGGACAAGUGGAGCAGGAGGCAGCUGCAUUCGCACUCGUACCGGGCUCCGGACUCGUUCAAGGACCAAGUGGUGGUGGUGGUCGGAUGCCGCCCGAGCGGCACGGACAUCGCGCUGGAGCUCCGCGAGGCGGCGAGAGAUGUGCACAUCAGCGUCAAGUCCAUGGACGACGGCGUCACCGUGUUCCCCGGCAUGAGGCAAGCUGUGUCCAGGCACCACAACCUGCAUCUCCACCUCCAGGCAAAUCGAUUGCUUGUGCGAGGACGGGCAGGUGGUGUUCGCCGACGGCUCCUCCAUUGUCGCCGACGCCAUCAUCUACUGCACCGGGUACGACUACUCGUUCCCGUUCCUGGACACGGGAGGUCUGGUCACCGUCACCGUCGACGACAACCGUACAAGCACACGUUCCCGCCGGCGCUGGCGCCGGCGCUCUCCUUUGUGGGCGUACCCAAGAGGGUAGUCGUGCCGCGAUUCUACGAGGCGCAGGCGAUGUGGGUGGCGCAGGUGCUGUCCGGCCGGCGGACGCUGCCGCCGGAGGCCGAGAUGGCACGCGCCGCGGAGGAGUACAACCGCGCGAGGGAGGCGGCCGGCGUGCCCAAGCGCCUGACGCACGACAUCUUCGACUUGGAGUACUGCGACGCGUUCGGGGAGACGCGCUGCGGGUUCCCGCGGCUGGAGGACCGGAAGAAGGAGCUCCUGUGGUCGUCCGUCAAAAGCAUAUCGCGAUGCCACGGAGAGCUUCCCUGA